AUCUAAGAAAGAAACCAUGGUUCUUACCUCCUCAAAGGACGAGAUCGACGUGAGGGAUUUCGUGUUAAACAAAAGGAAUGGUAUUAAAGGUCUCGUCGACUUUAUAACCCUAAACACACUUCCUUCUCCAUAUAUUCAACCUCCUCACGAACGCUUCACCUCCGACAAAAUCAUACCGUCACAAGUUCCUGUCAUUGAUGUGUCUGAUUGGUUAGACCCACGAGUUGCUAGAGAGAUCUGCGACGCAGCGGCUAAGCUCGGGGUGUUUCAGAUAGUGAACCACGGGAUAGCUCCGGAGGAGUUAAAGGCAGUCAUUGCGGCAGCUCGUGGCUUUUUCGACCUGCCGGCGGAUGAGAGGAAGAGAUAUUGGAAAGGAAGUUCGGUGUCGGAGACGGCGUGGUUGACAACAAGUUUCACUCCGUAUAAAGAAAGUGUGUUGGAGUGGAGAGACUUUUUCAAGUUUCAGUAUCCUCGUGAAGGACAUGACUUCGCUACUACAUGGCCUUCUCUAUGCAAGGAACAAGUGAUACACCAUUUCGAGAGGAUCAAACCAAUCACCAAGAAGAUUUUAAACAUACUCAUCAACAAUCUAAAUUCAGUCGUAGAUGAGUCUAAUGAAGACGCACUAAUUGGAACUAUGAGAAUGAACUUCAACUAUUAUCCAGAGUGUCCUGAACCAAACCUGGCAAUAGGAACUGGCCGCCAUACAGACAUCAACACCCUCACUCUCCUCAUACAAGAAGAUGGCGUCUUAAGCAGCCUAUAUGGUCGAGCCAGCGAGCACGAGGACAAAUGGGUUGAUGUUCCUCCAAUUCCGGGAGCCAUUGUUGUUAAUGUUGGAGACGUAUUACAGAUAUUGAGCAACGGUAAGUAUAAGAGCGUGGAGCAUUGUGUAUUGGUCCAUAAGAGUUGUAGCCGAAUUUCUGUCCCUAUUUUCUACGGACCAGUUGAUGAUACGGUUAUCGAGCCAUUACCGGAGGUGCUAGAGAACAAUGAGGUGGCUCGGUACAGAAAGAUUGUGUAUUCUUCGAACUAUCUGAAGGAUGUUUUGGGAAGACCCCAUGAUGGAAAGAAGACUAUUGGAUCGAUCAAGCUACCAUGAUACAAGAUACAUAGAUUUAUAUAAAGAUCUAUAGCUAAAAAUCGAUCCUACUAAUAUCUUUGUGAUCACAAAAAACUAUCUUAUGUCUAAAAUGUAUAUUCUCUUUCAACUUUAUGUAAAAUAUGAUACAUUAAGAAAUUACUUAAGUUUGAUCCUAUAAUUUUUUUGAUAAAGUUUGAUCCUAGAA